UGGAUAGGAUGACAAUAGGAGGAAAGGAAAGCGGCGUUUGCAGAGCGCAUCAUAUAAAAUUUAAUAUAUAUAUAGGCCUACAUAUAUGGAACCUUUUUUUGUAUCAUUAUUUGAAAAUUUUCUUCUCAUCUGUGUGGAACCGCACAAAAAAACGCUUUUUUUAUUGGACUCAGGACAGACUUGUGGGCGUCUGCUUAUAGAUCUUAUUCUUUACCCUGGAGGAGCUUCGCCAUUAUGAUAAAUAUUUGUUGAUGUAAGAUGAUGCAAUGUGGAUUUAAUAGAAAUUAUGGGAUUCCCCAACGAGGGGAUGUCUUAUUUUAAUCUAUGGAAAAUAAAAACGCACAUCAAAGAGACUGCGCAGCUGUAUGAUGCGGUGGAUUUUUUAAAAUUAACCAGAAAAUGGAUCGAUGCGCUGCAGCAGGAAAUCGGACGUCCCAUCGCUUCAAGGAGCGGAUUACUUUAACAAUUAAACGCCUUUACAUUUAAGGGACUAAGACUAUGCGCUGGGUUAUUAUCCGCCAGCUCUUUAUAACACUGAAAGUGUAUUAGAAGCAGAGAACUGCUGCAACGACAGCAGCAUUUGCGCAACUGCAUAUCCAUCAUUCUAAACGCAAAGAGAAAGGAGCAGCAUACCCAGAGGAAAAGCUGCACCGCAACGAGCGCACGGCACAGGAUGCGUCUUCACGUCAAAUCAAGUUAAAAGGAAGCAGCCAGAUUUUUUUUGUUUGUUUUUUUAAAGCAGAGGGGGGAUGAUGACGGCGUUUAUGUUCGGAAGAGGAUUUUGCAAGCCCAGAUUUUGGAAGCGCGGAAGCAGGACCGGUGUCUUAUCGUCCCUUUGCGCGUUCCUGGCGUGCGCCGCGGUGUUGGCGCUGCUUUUCCUGGACUUUAUUGAGACGUGGGUCACCUCGAUGGGUAUGAGCGGGGCGGUGGAGACGCAUGCGGCCAUCAUCUCGCCCCAGAGCCUUCCUCAGUCCAAACCAGAGGAGUUUCUGCUCAUGCCCAGCCCGCUGGUGUGCCAGCGCGCCAAGCCUUACCUCAUCGCCUUGGUGACCUCUGCACCUGCAAAUCAGCGGGCACGCCAAGCCAUCCGAGACACCUGGGGAGGAGAGGUGGAGGUGAGAGGACUGAGGUUCAUGACCCUCUUCAUGGUUGGUGUUGCCACUGACCCCGGCCUGGGAAAGCUGCUGAUAGAAGAGGCCAGGGAGAAAGGGGACCUGAUCCAGGGCCGAUUUUUGGACUCCUACUCCAACCUCACCCUGAAGACCCUGGCCAUGCUUGGCUGGGUCCGCAGGUUCUGCCCUCAGGCUCAUUUCAUGGCCAAAGUGGAUGACGACGUUUUCUUUAAUCCCAGUGCUCUCCUUCACUUCUUAAACAAAAGCAGGAACCCUUACGAGCAAGGAGAUUUGUAUCUUGGCAGAGUCCAUCUUCAUGUGGCCCCAAACCGUGAUCCAGACAGCAAGCAUUACCUCCCCUCUGGGGCCUACCCUUUGUCUUUGUUUCCUGACUAUUGCAGUGGUACAGCUUAUGUCUUUUCCCGCUCUGCCCUGCUUAAAGUUGCCCUUGCAGCCUCAGCAUCACCUCUAUCCACACCUUUACCUCCAGAGGAUGUGUUUGUUGGCCUCUGUGCAUAUGCUGCUGGGGUGCAGCCCUCACAUUGCCCUCUCUUCUCCGGGGGUCCACCCGUGCCAUACGGGCGCUGCUGCUAUCAGGCCAUGGUGUCUGUCCAUCAUAUCACUCCCAAGGAGAUGUUGGAUUAUUGGAAAGAUGUCCAUUCCUCCCCGCCCUGUUCCUGGCUGACUCAGCGUGCUUCUCUGGGGAUGUGCAAAGUCAGGGCGAUGCUGGGCUCAGCCCUGGGCCUGGAGGAUUGACUUAAAUUAAACUCAAGGGCACCUUGCCUCACACAGUUAUUCUACAAGCUGCGAAUCUACCUGCACUGAUAAUAUUUAUGCCUAUAGUCAUUAUUAGAGAUUUAUUUUUAUAAGAUUGUCACAUACAUUUUUUUUU